AUGCAUCUCCUUACCUUUCUUUUCGGCCUGAUAACAUCUGAAUCACCUUCAGCCACGUUCACCAAUCCUGUGAUCUACGAAGACUUCGCCGACAAUGAUGUUUCCGUGGGCCCUGAUGGAGAGUACUACCUCUCCGCUUCAAACAUGCACUAUUCUCCUGGGGCUCCCAUCCUACGAUCUUCAAACCUCGUCAAUUGGGAACUGAUUGGGCAUUCAGUACCAUCUCUGAGUUGGUCAGCGAAGUACAACAUGACCGAUGGGACAGCAUAUACGGGAGGAACAUGGGCCUCAACAAUGCGGUACCGUAACAGUACUGGUCUAUGGUAUUGGAUCGGGUGCAUCGACUUCUGGACUACAUACGUCUACACAGCGUCUGUUGUUUCGGGCCCAUGGGCAUUAUCGGGAACCAUUAACUCAUGCUACUAUGACUGUGGACUUCACAUUGAUGACGAUGACAUAAUGUACGUUGUACAUGGAAAUACAAAUGUCAAUAUGUCCCAACUGUCUACCGAUGGUUUCCAUGAGGUCAAAACACAGCAGAUAUACACCACUCCGUCUGGGUACUCUGGUGUGGAAGGAAAUCGGAUGUAUAAAAGAAACGGAUCCUACUACAUUCUGGAUGAUUCCCCUGGAGAUGCUGCAACCUGGAUCUGGAAAUCUUUGACUCCUUGGGGACCCUGGACGAGCAAACUUCUGCAAAAGGCCAUUAACGGUCCACUCCCAGACGGUGGGUCUCCAUGCCAAGGGAGUCUCGUUGAGACAUCAACUGGAAAUUGGUACUUUAUGUCCUUUAUCUGGGCGUAUCCUGCAGGUCGGAUGCCAAUCCUGGCACCCAUCACGUGGGGUGCCGAUGACUUUCCGAUUUUGAUGGCUGUAAACGGUAGCUGGGGUGCAUCGUACCCCAAUCCUCUUCCACCCAGUCCGACACCUUCGUGGCUUAGGACAGACACAUUCAGUGAACCUGUACUUGGUGUUGACUGGGAGUGGAACCACAAUCCAGACCCAACCAAGUACAGCGUAAACAACAGCCUCACUCUCUCCACUGCGACUGUCACUUCAAACUUCUAUCUAGCACGGAACACGCUCACUCACCGGAUUCAUGGACCCUUUCCAGUUGGCACUGUCCAUCUCGACUUCACGAACAUGGCUGACGGCGAUCGCGCUGGGCUUGCUGCUUUCCGUGACAAUAGCUCGUACAUCGGCAUUGUUCGCGACAGUGGAGUUUACACACUGGAGAUGGUCACUGGUAUUUCGCAAAACAGUUCAGCAAACUGGGCCACCAUUUCGAACGGCUCUGUCGUAGCUUCUACGAACAUUUCUUCCACAAAAGAAGUGUGGCUGAGAACAAGUAUCGAUGCGAGGUCCAGUGGCACUAAAUUGGCAGAAUUCUACUACAGCUUGGAUGGAACCAAUUUCACGCAGCUUGGAGGCUCGGCAUCGUUAGUUACUGAUUGGGAAUAUUUUAUGGGCUAUCGGUAUGGCAUAUUUAACUAUGCAACAAAGGCUUUAGGAGGAAGCGUACUGGUGAAAAGUUUCACGAGCGCUUGA